AUGGAUAGUAUCAGUAAUUCAGGCGUCAGUCUGAUACUCAAUCCUACUAUUGCAAAUGAAAUAAAUGAUAAUCAACAUCAACAUGAUUUAUCAAUAUGUGAAGAAGAAUUUGAAAACCAAGAAGAAAUUCAACAAAUGCUCGCCAAUGCAUUUGAUAGUCAAUCAUUAUCAAAUACAGAUAAUGGUGAACAUUUAUUUGAGGAUGAUGAUAACUAUAAUGAAGAGGAAGAAGAAGAACCAUUAUCAAUUCAUGAUGCAAUGAUUGAACAUGUACGUCAAACAGAAGAUGAUACUCUUCUUCGACAAGAAAAUGAAACAUUACGUCAUCGUAUAGCUGAAUAUGCGACAAGCGAAGAAACUUAUAGAAAAAAUGCAUUGAAAUAUGAAUAUAGAGUAAAUGAACUAAACGAAAAACAGGAACAAAACGUUUUUUCAAUGCGUCUUGAAUAUGAAACAAAAAUUGAACAAUUAACAAAUAAGAAUAGUGAACACCAAAUUGAAAUACUAACAUUAAAACAAAUGUAUGAAACUAUGUAUGAUGAAAAAUGUCAUGCUGAUGAACGAAUCAAUGAUAUUCGUUUAAAUGAACAAAAUCUUCAAGAAAAAUUAGAUAAAAUACAAAUGGAAUAUGAUCAAUUAUUAAAAUUGAAUAAAAAACCAGCGAUGCUCACUGUUAUUACACAAACAGAAAUAAAUGAUGAAGUUGAACAAAAGCUAGAAAUAUUAACAAAACAAAAUAAUGAAUUAGUUGAUGAAUUAAAACGAACAUCGAAUAAGUUCAAUCAAUUACAGAUUAAUUCAUAUGAACGUGAACAAUUAUUCUCCAAUGAAAAGAUACAAUAUGAAAAGCAUAUUAAAGAACUAUCUAAGCGUCCAUCAAUGACUUGUGUUAAACUGCAAACAGAUUCGAUUCAGCAAGAUGAUGAUAUUAAAAAAUUAAAACAAUUGCAAAAUGACAUUGAAGAUUAUAAAUUAAAACUCAACAGUAAGCAAAUGGAAAUUAAUUGUCUACAAUUUGAUUUGAAUAAUUUAAAACAAGAAAUGAAUGAUCGUUUAUCAUUAUUAACAACAAAUAUAUCGAAUGAAAAUUUAAAUAAAGCUCUAUCAGAACGUAAUCAAUAUUUAAAUGAAUUAAAUACAUUAAAAAAUGAACUGCCCGAUUUAAAACAGCAAAUGAUUGAUAGUUUUCAAACAAAAGUUAUAAUAUUUAAAGAAAAAGUUAAAAAAUCUUUAGUUGAAAAAGAAAAUGAUUAUAAUAGAAAAGUUGAACAACUAGAAAAUGAAUAUAUUGAUCAAUAUGAACAGGCUCUGGAGAAAAAUAAACAGAUAGUACGUUCAUUAAUUGCAUCUAAACAAGAAGAAUUUAAUGCAGAAAAAGUACAGAUAAUUUUCGAAUACGAAGAAAGAUUAAAGAAAUUUCAGUCACAACAGUUAUCAAACAAUGAUCGACGUAUCCUCGAACAAAAAAUAGAAGAAUUAACUCGUGCUAAUGAUAAAUGUAGUCAAUACAUAGCAAAACGUGAACAUGAGCAUCGUCAACGAGAAAAAGAAUCUUUAAAUCUUCAACAAUUCGAUGAAACAAAACGAAAAUAUAACGAUGAAAUUCAUCGACUUUAUGAUCAAAUCGCAAAACAAAAUCAACAGCAAAUUCUACUAAUCGAUGAACAUCAAAACCAAAUCGAGCAAUUAAAAAAUACAUAUGAUCAACGUUAUCGUAUUCUUUUAGAUGAAUGGAAAAUAUACAACAAUGAUUUACAUGAUAAUAAUACGAAACUGAAAACAAAAUUAAAAGAAUAUGAAAAAACUAUAGUACAAUUACGUUAUCAUAUUAUUAAUUUGCAAAUAGAAUAUUUGCAAAAUGGUGGUAAUUCAAAUAAAAUUCUUCAAUUUACAAAUGAGAUCAAAUAA